AUGGAUAGAACCGAAAUUCGAGCGGUUAUCAAAUUCUUUCAUUCGGAGGGAAAAACAGCAACGGAAAUGAAACCGAGGUUAGAUGCUGUUCUUGGCAAUGCAUCACCUUCAUUUUCUACGGUGAAUUUUUGGGUUUCGGAAUUCAAGCGUGGUCGCAGUCACACAAUUGAUGCACCGUGUUCAGGACGCCCAAAAACGGCUACCACACCAGAAAUUGUGGAUAAAAUCCAUGAUAUGGUUUUGGCAGACCGCCGAAUAAAGGUACGGGAAAUUGUUGAAGCCGUAAGCAUCUCUUAUGAACGAGUGGUUCAUAUUUUACAUAACGAAUUGGGUCUAAACAAGCUUUCCGCAAGAUGGGUGCCGCAUUUGCUCAAUUCUGAGCAAAAGCGCGUUCGAGCCCAAAUGUCAGCUGAUUCUUUAGAGGUUUUUAAAAGGAAUCCCACAGAUUUCAAGAGGAGAUUCGUGACUAUGGAUGAGACAUGGAUUCAUCACUAUACCCCCGAAACCAAAAUCCAAUCAAAACAAUGGAUUGGACACGGUGAAUCGGUUCCGAAAAAGGCAAAAGUCAUUCGUUCGGCUGGAAAGGUGAUGGCGUCCGUAUUUUGGGAUGCUAAAGGAAUUUUGCUUAUUGAUUAUCUUCAAAAAGGAAAAACUGUUACUGGCCAAUACUACGGAAUGCUUUUGGACAAGCUGAAAGCUGCAAUUCGAGAAAAUCGCCCCGGAAUGGCGAAGAAAAAAGUGUUGUUUCAUCACGACAAUGCACCCGCCCAUUCAAGUGCAAUCGCGCAAGAAAAAUUGUCAAAACUGAAGUUCGAAAUUCUUCCACAUCCACCUUAUUCCCCUGAUUUAGUGCCCUCGGAUUUCCACGUGUUCCCGAAACUCAAAACCUUCCUAGCUGGAAAGAGAUAUCAGACGAACGAGGAGGCGAUGGAGGCCGUGAACGAAUAUUUUGGUGACCUCGAAGAAAGUCACUUCCGCCGGGUGGGAGUAGAAAAACUAGAGAAACGUUGGACCAAGUGUAUUGAGCUGCGAGGGGACUAUGUUGAAAAAUAA